GCAGCACACACACUGAAGGAUGUGGUCACUGUAUUCAUUUCCCUUCCACUAGUGAGCCACAGCUGUAUGGGAGAAAAAAAACUCUGGGAUAUAAAGCACUACUGAAUGACACAUACCCUUCAGGACAGCUGCAGGAGAUGAUCUAAGAUGGAGCACACCUCGUGCACAGAGGACCGUAUGCACCACGCCGUGGACAGGUGCCUUUAUGGCCUGGGCCACAGCUCUCCCAACACAUAGCCCUGGAACGCUGUCCUGUGCAUAAACCGCUGUAGUUUAGAGGAACUAGUGAAGAGAGAUCCACGAAACUUCAUCAUCAAGCUGCAGCAGAUUCUGAGGAAAACACGGGAGGUCCUUGAACAGUCCCAGGAUGAGCUGGUGGUCCCACUGGCUCUCCUGUUCUCUUCCACUCUUCUGCAGAUGAGCCCAGAUACAGUAGACCGCCACACCACAGAAACUCAUCAUCACCACCAACCAUGACCAGAAACCCACGUGAGGACAGACUCAGUCCAGUCCAAUGUACCGUAGUUCUCAGAUGAUCCAGUAAGUAUCUCUCCUCUGUUUCAGACCCCUCACUUCUCCUCUGACUCUGGGGUGCUGCAGGAGGCCUGUGAGAUGUUCCACUGUUUCCUGUCCUGGCCAGAGCCCUGCUGCAGCGCCAGCCAACACCUGCUCUCCCUCAUCCAGCAGGAGCUCAGGGCACCAUGUAUCUCAUUUCAAAGACUAGUGAGAGAAGAACAGGGCUUGACCACCACCACCAAUCACUCCAAAACUAUGAUGGUAUUGUUAAUGAGCCUAGGCGAGGAUGUCCCUCCCGAACUCAUGUCUGUCUCUGAGCAGCUGAGUGGUGUCUGUCACUCCCAGAGGGACACCUCCAUCACCCUGAUCAAACAUGCCUUCCAGGCUGCCCUGGGGACCAAGUACCCCCUCCAGAUACUGCAUCAUGCACUGCAGCUUGUGACUGCAGUAACAGAGGCCCUGGAGACAGCAGCCUAUACACGGGACCCAGACGCAGCCAGAGAGAGUCCACUGCAGAGCCUGAAGGGGCUGGUGGAGAGAAUUUGCAUACCCCCUCCAGACUGCCAUACAGGCCCUGGAAAUGUCCAUACACUGACGCUGCCCUUAGCCAAAUGUCACAUGUACUCCUGGGAUAAGGACAAGUUCGACAUUUUAAAAGACAUUCUUCAGAGUGAGCUGGACCGGCUCCCAGUCUUUAACCUUUACAGAGACAAGGGAGACGAGGAUGAGGAAACAGAGGAGGAAACAAUAAAGAACCGAUACACAGACCACCGGAUCUCCACUGUGUCCACCUGCUCCAAAGACUAUGUUCUCCAGCUACUCCCUGACCUCCAGCUUGUCUGUGCCCUCCACCCUGUCUCAGAUCUCCAAGGUCCAGGUGAGUGGUGGCAGUGGGAUCACAUUCCCUGUGUGUCUGGACCAGGAUGAGAAGAAGAUCAUCCAAAGUGUCAUCAGGUGUGAGGUGUCAUUGUGCUGUAAACCAGGCAGCGGUUCUGACUGGAGGUCUCACAGGAGCCGGCCUGGUCAGGUCCAGCCACUGCACCCCUCCUUCUGCUCCCUGCUCUGCCUGCCCAUCACCUCCUGUGGCUCUCAACUGCCAUAAAACACUGGACUAGGCUACUCUCUCUCCUAAACCACUCAGACAUAAACACCCACAUGAUGUUCUGAUAAUACUGUAUUCCAUUUAGCAUGAAGCUUUUAUCCAAAGCAACAUACAGUCAUGUGUACAUACAGUUGAAGUUGGAAAUUGACAUACACCUUAGCCAAAUACAUUUCAACUGAGUUUUUCAAAAU